UUGUAUAUAUUUUUGAAGCAAGAUAAAUCAUCAAAAAAUAUUCCAAAAAUGAAAUUUUUCUGGAAUUGCAUACAAAAAGAAUAUGUUGAACUUUAUUCAGAAGUAGCAUUGUUGGAUAAAACGGUAAGCUUUGCAAUGUACAGUUUGGAAACAGCGUCGAAAAUAUUAUCCAUAACAUCAUGUGUAUUCUAUAGUCGUCAAAUGGAGAUGAACCCGUCAAAUACAUUGGCCAUGUUGACAUUGAUGUCAGCAUUUGUUUUUACAACCAUAUUUUAUUCAGGAUUGAUGUUUCCACCUAAAUCAAAUCAUCAAUGUUGUCAAUUAAUAUUAAAUCGAAUGGCAAGACAAGCGAUUAUAAAGCAUCCUGAUCAUCGAAAAAAAACGAUUAUAAAAUCAAAUCUAUUCAUACAAACAAUGUCCAAUAAUCAUUUUGGUUUUCAUUGUGGUCAAAUAUUUUUCAUAACCAAAUUUCAAGUUGUCGAAUUGUUCAUGAUGAACCUACCGUUGAUUACAUUGUUUUAUAAAAAAAUUUGUAUGGCAAAAUAAUGUUGUUUUUAUUCAUGAUUCUUAAAUAAAGAUGUGUUCAUUUUA